UCCAAUUCUCUUGCGCAACUAUAAUUGGCUGUUGGUGUCAUAGGCUGAAAUUUCUUUGUAGAACAGUUUCACCAUCGGCCAUUGUGCUAGAUAUAACUCCAUAUUUUGUUUUUUUGAUAUUUGCUUAUCUAUUUGUGAAGUGGAUUAUGAACUGAUAAGUUCAUCACGGUGUCAAAUUCUUCUGAUUAUCUUCCAUGUGAAAUUUGAAAAUUAGAAAACUUACUUGCAUUGCGUAAUGAAUAAGAGAUAAUCUAGACUUAUAUUGUGCAAGUAGUAUUGUUUUCAUUCAUACAUUCAAGUUUUUAAUCUAGCUCCUGAAUGCCUACAGGAAGAAUCACAAUUGGUUUAUAUGGUCAAGUUGUACCAAAGACUGUGGAGAACUUCAGGGCUUUGUGCACAGGGGAGAUGGGAAAGGAUGCUAAUGGAGUCGUUCUCCACUACAAGGGAACACCAUUUCAUCGUAUUAUCCCUGGAUUCAUGAUACAAGGUGGAGAUAUCGUCUAUAGAAACGGGAGAGGAAAUCAUUCUAUGUACGGAGGCACCUUUCGUGAUGAGAAUUUCAAGCUGAAGCAUUCUCAUCCGGGUGUUGUUUCCAUGGUGAAUUCGGGACCUGAUUCCAACGGUUCACAGUUUUUUAUUACCACAGUAAAGACCAGCUGGUUGGACGGUGAGCACGUCGUUUUUGGCAGUGUCAUUGAAGGCAUGGAUACUGUGUACGCCAUCGAGGGUGGAGCAGGAACUUACAGUGGGAAGCCUAGAAAAAAGGUAAUCAUUGCUGAUUCUGGGGAGAUACCAAAGAGCAAGUGGGAUGAGGACAGUCGAGCUUCAUGAAAACAGAACAAAGGCCGCAAAUUUUGGACUUUUUAACUUAUUAAUGUGGCUUAGAAUUAUAAAUCUUUUGUAUUUUGUUCAUUAAAUUAUUUAUAGUAUCUAACAUUUAGCUAUUUGGCUUUUUGUUUGGGAAACUGUAAAUUGUUCAUUUUGUUAAUUUGCAGAUAUUAUGGUUGGCUGUUGUAGAGAGAAAUUCAAGGAAAUGGUAUAAUAUUGGAAUUUUGCUCAUCUUUUGGCACUA